AUGUUGUUUCUACUGGAUAAUGCCAACGUAAAAUUUAUUGAAAAUAAUUCUUUAGCAAGCUAUAGUGUGAAAUAAGGUUGUUUCUUUUUGGAUAACUAAGGAAUUAACUGCGUAGCGUGUUAUCCAUGGUAUAGUUUACAAUAGGAUGGCACAUGCAAGCAAAUGGCCUGCAAUUAAGACUGCUUUACAUGUUUAGAUACAAAUCCAGAUUUUUGUAACACUUGUGAUGGUUAUAAUAAUAAAAUACCUGAUAUAAAUGGUAUUUGCUAAUGUAAGCCAAAUUAUGGUCUUAAAAUUGAUGAAUGUGUAAUGUGUUCUGAGGGUUAUUGUUAAGAAUGCGAAGUAGGAAAUUUUUUUUCAUGUACCUCAUGUGCACCUGAAACAAAUAGAAUAUUAGUUGAUGAAAAAUGCAUUUGCAAACCUGGUUCAUGUGAACCUGCAGAUGGAAGUUUGACAUGUAUUGUUUGCGAUUAGUCAUGUGUUAUCUGUUCUGGUCCAACAAUUAAUGAUUGUACUUUAUGCCCAGAUGAAAUUACUUCAAAUAGAAUUCAGGUUGAGGACCUACAUCGAAUCUAAAUCAAAGAUGCUAAAUGCGGAAAAUGCCAUCCAAGAUGCAAAUAAUGUUUCUAAGCAGCUGACGAAACCUCAAAUUAAUAUUGUCUAACUUGCAUACCUGGAUAAUACAGAGUACUUUCAGAGAAUCUGAAUUGUGAUUGCAAAGAAAACUAUAGUGAUUUUGAUGGCACUUCAGACAUUUGUUUAAUUUGUGAUUAUACUUGUGGAGUAUGUAAUGAUUUCGGUCCCACACAUUGUACCUCAUGUUUAGAAAGCUCACAUAGAUAUUUAACAGCAUUAGGAGAAUGUUUAUGUAAAACAUCAUACUUUGAUGAUCAAAAAUUCAAUAUAGAGUGUUAAUAAUGUCAUUAUUCAUGUUUAAGAUGUGCCAAUAGCAUUGAAGACAAUGCAUGUUUAGAAUGUCCUCCUACUAGAAAGCCUAGUGAUCCAUUAGCCACUUAGUUUUAAUGUAUUUGUGAAUCUUCAAACUUCUUUGACGAUGGAUUAUUACCAACCUGUCUAUAAUGUGAUACCUCUUGUCUAACCUGUUAUGGUCCUCUUUCAUCUAACUGUCUAACUUGUGACCCAACUUAUAGAGAAUUUGAUUUAUCAUCUUGUCUAUGUCCCCCAGGAUAUUUUGAUGUUGGAUAAUUGGAAUGUGCUAAAUGUCACUAUUCUUGUUAUUAAUGCUUUGAUAAUACAGCUGAAGGUUGUAUAAAUUGUUCAAUUGAUUUUCAUCUUAGAGUGUUAAAAGGAAAUACUUGUAAAUGUAUUGAUGGAUAUUAUGAUGAACCAGGAACAUCUAAAUGCAAAAAAUGCUCAUAUAAAUGUGAAACCUGUGAAGAGUAAGCUGAAAAAUGUUUGAGUUGUCCUUUAAAUUCAUUACGUACUUUUGAUUCCACUACAGGUUGUCUUUGUCCAGGAGAGUAUUACGAUUAACAAAAUGUCGUAACUUGUUAAAAAUGUCAUUUCAAAUGCAAAAAUUGUAGUGCCUAAACUGAAAGCUCAUGCCUCUCAUGCGAUCCAUUGUCAUAUAGAGAAAUUAAACUUUAAUAAUGUAAAUGCUAACCACAUUAUUUUGAAAUGGAAGUUUAGGAAUGUGCAAUUUGUAGUGCUCUUUGUUAUGAAUGCGUUGAUAGACUUGAUAAUUGUACUUCAUGCUAUGAUGAUAGAUAUCUAAUUGGAAAUAAAUGUUAAUGUGCUUCUAAGUUUUAAGGGGCUUCGAUAAGUACAUUUGAAUUUAAUGGUAUGGUUAAAAUGCUAAAGUAAAUCUUCAUAUAAUUGUAAGAGUGCCAUUAUUCUUGUGCAACAUGUGGAGGAAAAGAAGAAAUAGAUUGCAUUUCUUGUAUUGACACUGAUAAUAGGUAUUAAGUAGGCAAUACUUGUGUUUGCAAAGAAGGAUAUUAUGAUGCAGGAUUGCCUGUCUGUUAAAAAUGCAGUUACAAAUGUAAAGGAUGCUCAAAAUAGUCUGAAUAUUGUACUUCUUGUUAAGAUAACAGUUUAAGAUAGUUAGUUUCAGAUUUCAAAACAUGCAAAUGCAAUUAAAGAUAUUAUGAUGAUGGUUAAAGUGAAGUUUGUUAAUAAUGCCAUUACUCAUGCCUUCGAUGUAAUGACAUCGACACAAAAUGUGAAUUAUGCUCAUUUGAAUCAAAUAGAAUUUACAAUGAUUAACUAUUUUCUUGUGAUUGUGAUGUAGGUUAUUAUAAUACUGGAGUUGAAAUCUGUUAAAAAUGUCACUAUUCCUGUUUAAAUUGUAAUUCUGGAGAUUCAUCAUCAUGUAUUUAAUGUGUUGAUUCUAACAUUUCAAAUAGAGUAUUUUAUAAUAACACUUGUAAAUGUUUAUUUGGAUAUUUUGAUGAUGGCUAAUCAAUUAAAUGUUAAAAAUGUGAUGUUUAAUGUUUAAGUUGUAUUAAUUAAUCUUAUUAAUGUUUAUCAUGUCCACAAACAAGGAAAUUAGAAACUAAUUGUAAAUGUUAACAAGGAUAUUAUGAUAUUGGAUUACAACUAUGUUAAAAAUGUAACUCAAUUUGUUCUGCAUGUGAAUUUACAUCUAAUAAUUGCACAUAAUGUGAUUCUGAUUAAUUUAGACAACUAAAUGAAAUUACUUAAAACUUGUGA